UGUCAGGAAGUGGAAAGCAGAACAGGAGAAAGUUGUGAAUCAUCAUGGUUCAUUUGGUUAAAGUUCUUUGUGUGUUUGAGGCGAUUUCAACCCUCCAGAUUAACUUCAUUCAGUCAGGCUGACAAACAAACAGAAGAUAACCUAUAGUAUCCACUCAUCGUACAACUCGUAGCGGAACCUCCAAUAUCAAUUUUGUCAUCAAGAAAAACAGCAACAGCCAACCAUAUAAAUGGAAGUCCCCUUCAACCACACCAACGGGAGCUGUUCUCGUGACAACAUCCUGAAGGCGGUGGUCUUCCCCGUCCUCUACUCUGUCCUCUUCCUGCUUGGGGGGGCGCUGAACGCCCUGGCCGCCUGGGUCUUCUUUCGCAUCCCGUCCCGCUCGUACUUCAUCAUCUACCUGAAGAACAUCGUGGUGGCCGACGUGGUCAUGACCUUCACCUUCCCCUUCAAGAUCCUGUCGGACUCCGGCGUGGCGUCGGUGGGGCUGCGUGUGUUCGUGUGCCGCGUGUCCUCCGUCCUCUUCUACCUCACCAUGUACGUCAGCAUCCUCUUCUUCGGCCUCAUCAGCAUCGACCGCUGCCGGAAGACCCUGUGGCCCUUCAGGGGCACCAACGCCGCCCGGCUGACCAGGCGCAAGCUGCUCUCGGGGGCCAUCUGGGGCUCCCUGCUGGCCCUGUGCAUCCCCAACGUGGUACUCACCAGCCGGACCCCCGCCUCGCCACGCUUUAAGUGCAGCGACUUGAAGACGGAGGCGGGACUGCGCUGGCACGAGGUGGUCAACCACGUGUGUCAGGUGAUCUUCUGGGUCAACCUGGUGGCCGUGGUGGUGUGCUACGCCCUCAUCACCAAGGAGCUGUACGUCUCCUAUUCCCGCGCCAGGAACCGCGGCGCGGGCGGAGCUGUAGCCACGACACCGGGCGGAGGCAAACCCAGGAAGAGGAGCGUGAGCGGGAACGUGUUCCUGGUUCUGGCCGUGUUCUUUGUGUGCUUCGUGCCGUUCCAUUUCGCCCGCGUGCCGUACACCAUGAGUCAGACCCGGGACUUCCUGUUCGACUGCCGGCUCAAGCUGUUCUUCUUCCAGCUGAAGGAGAUCACCCUGUGGCUGACCUCUCUCAACUCCCUGCUGGACCCCCUCAUCUACUUCUUCCUCUGCCAGUCCUUCAGGACCACCCUGUUCCGGAUCCUCAGGGUGGCCCCGGGCACAUGCAGCUGGCUAGGGUUGGCAUCGGGGGAGAACACGGCCAGCACCCCCCUGGGGGAGUCAGCUGCUGCUGGGGUGUAGAACCGGGAGACACACACGAGGGGUACCAGGAACAAGUCCCAAGUUUUGAAGGAUGAUUUUUUACAGGAUAUAUGUUAUUGGACUGUCGGAUCAGCUGUAGACAUCCUCUUUAAAGCAACAUGGUAGUGUAAAUAUAUAAAUAUAUAUAUAUAUAUAGCGUCUUAGAGUACCAGAUUAAGAUAUAAAUUUAAUUUAUUAUAUAUAUAUAUAUAUAUAUAUAUAUAUAUAUAUAUAUAUAUAGAUAAAAGUGAACUUUGGUCCACUCAAGGCUAGUUUAAAUAGAGCAUGAAUGAAUUAUUGCAUACAGCCGGGCUUACAAUAACGAAAGCAGUCAGUAGGUUUUGCACUUUGAAUACCUAAAUACAUUUGACCUGAUCACUGAGAACCCCUGCAAAAUGCAUACUUUAAUAAACAAUGUACAUUAUAAUGGGUUUAUAUUAAAGUAAACUGUGUAAUACACAUUCUUCUCAUCACAUUUGUUUAUCAACAAAUAUGUCAGAUAUAUGCAGAUACCUAAUUCCUGGGGAUAGAUGGUGAUAGUUAAAGCUAAAUAAUGAGCUUGGAGAGCGGUGCUUUGUUUCAUUCUCCCCAGACAUAUGGUACAGCAUGGUAGUAGGUAAAUCGGAUAGUCUACAAUUAAUGAUAUUCUCUAUCUUAUGGAUCAUCAGAGGGUAUUUAUUCUCAUAGUUUUAGCCAAUAUUUGGAAAUGUAAAUGGAAUUGAAUUGAAUAGCCGAUUUCAAUGGACUCAUAUGGCAAAUCCACUUCUAUGUUUUUCUUUUAAAUAUGUGGCUUGCAAUGUGCCGUAGGAUGGUGUUUAGUACAAGUGGGAUGGAAGCUGGAGACGUGAUGUCAUCUGUGGCUCUGUGUCCAAUGUCUGCCAUCUCCCUGCAGGCAUCACUGAGUAAGAUGCCUUCCGCCCGCCUGCUCAUUGAUGACAUGUAUGUAAGUGUCUGCUCAAUGUCUAAAAGGUUCAAUAGUUAGCCAAGAGAUCCUGCUAAGCUUCAGUAACAUCACAGGAAAUGUUCUAUCCAUCGUCGCAAAGAACCUCAGGAUUCAUCAGUGAUCUCAUUGCUACCGUCACACAUUAGCCUAUCCCCAAGAUGUCCUCAACCCCUUUCAACUUCUUUGUACUUGUUAUAAUACUCAUGCAUUUCCCUAUAUUGCAAACAUUAGGAUCUUUUUCUUAUCAAACAGAUAGUCAAUCAACCAAUGAAUUGAUCAUGGAAAUGGAUUGAAGCACAGAGCUGGAACACAUAGAUACCACCAGUGUGUUUUCACCCAUUGAUAGGUCAUUUUUCAUUGAUUUGCAUCUUUAAGGUGUAACGGUCUGACCACUUUGAAGGUCCAUUAGAUCUGAAGAAUUCGUCUAGGUGCGAGGCUGAGGAGGACAGUCUCUUGGUGAGUUCCCUGUACCUCUACGGAUGUCAUGGUGAUGUCAGCUGAAUACAGCAUCCCUGUGUAUUAACAAACGGAUGAAUGGCUGUGCAUUGGAUCGAUAUCUUCAUUGAACAUUAUUGCGUGUAAUGUAUAUGAAUACAAAUAUUUGUUUGGCAUUCUGUCGCGUUUGAAGCCUUUGUUGGUUUUGGGUUGACUGAAAAAACCUACAGUGACCAGUUUUUAAGGUAUUGCAAGCACAACCGGUAAAAAGUAAUUGUUGACAUUUUUCUCUAAUGCUUAUUUUGUCCUUGUUUUACUGGCCAAUAAACUUUUUCAGUUUGUUUA